CAGCAGUUCUGUUCAAUCAAAAAAUGUUCGCACCUCUCUUUCUACUUGCCCUUUGCACGACGUCGGCCUUCGCAAGACCCGAAGGACUCGAAGAGGAAGAAUUCCAUCCCGACAUAAAACUAGGCAGUGCUGCUAAGCUUCGCACCAGCGCUAGAGUAGAAGAAAGGGCACAUUUUUGGAGGGAAAAUGCUCAAGGUACCAUUCUAGAGAGGUUAAAUAACAAACCUAUUGAAAGUGUUGCUAAGAACGUUAUAUUGUUCCUCGGUGACGGUAUGUCGAUCCCAACACUGGCUGCCGCAAGGGUCUAUUACGGAGGCGAGGAAAUGGAACUAUCCUUUGAAAAGUUACCGCAUACGGCUCUAUCCAAGACGUACUGUGUGGACGCACAAACAGCCGAUUCGGCGUGCACGGCAACCGCCUACCUGACGGGAGUGAAGAAUAACUACGGCAUGAUAGGGGUGACGGCGGCUGUCACGAAGAACGACUGCGAGGCUUCGCUAUUGGAAGAGAACCAAGUCGAAUCCAUAGCUAAGUGGUCGCAAGAUGUGGGGAAACGGACGGGAAUAGUCACUACUUCCACAGUCACGGAUGCGUCACCAGCAGGUGCCUACGCGAAGGCGGCCAAUCGCGACUGGCAGACCGACGGCUCCGUCAGGAGCAGCGGCGCCGACGCCACCACGUGUCGAGACAUCACCUACCAGCUGGUGAAAUGGGCCCCGGGGAAAAAUUUCAACGUUAUCCUUGGUGGAGGUGCCAGGAAGUUCUUAAAUAACGACACGAUAGACAGAUUCGGCACAAGCGGGCAAAGGUCAGACGAUCUGAAUCUCAUAGAAGAGUGGGUGAAUGACAGGACUGCCGAAGGUCUGCAGGCCGAGUACGUUUGGAACAGGUCUUCGUUGUUGAGCUUGGAUGAAGACACGGACUACGUCUUAGGGCUCUUCGGCAGCAGCUACGUACCGUACAACCUCGACCGCAACGACUCCGUAACCCCAUCCCUGGAAGAAAUGACGGAAGUGGCGAUCAACAUAGCCAGCAAAGGCAACGGCGCCGACAACGGUUACUUCCUCUUCAUAGAGGGCGGCAGGAUCGACCACGCCCACCACGACACCUGGGCCAAGAAGGCUUUGGACGAAACCGUGGAAUUUUCCAAGGCUAUCCAGAAGGCGCUGGACCUGACAAGUGAGGAAGACACUCUGAUCGUGGUGACUGCUGACCACGCGCAUACCAUGUCGAUGUCUGGGUACCCCGACAGAGCCAACUCCAUUCUGGGAAUAGCUGGUACGGAUAGCAAUGGUGGAACCAGGCUGACCCUCAACUACGCCAAUGGACCUGCGCCGGUCAAUGCCAGUCACGAUUACAGCACUGACGAUACAACUGACGACGAGUACAGGUUCCCAGCGGUCACCUACAAGAACUCCGAGACACACGGCGCUGACGACGUCGGCAUCUUCGCCAGAGGCCCGUGGGCCCACCUCUUCAGGGGCGUCGUGGAGCAGAACACCAUCCCCCACAUCAUGGCGUAUGCCUCUUGCGUGGGCGACGGUCUGACGGCGUGUUCCUGGGCGGUCCGAAACGUCGCGUCUAUGGCCUUGCCUGUUUUAGGGGUCGUCCUCUUCCUCCACGUCUAAGCGGCGUGCGCGUUUCGAGAGCACUUUGUGAUAAUAUUAUGUUGAACCCGUUUUUGUUGGUUAAUUUUUUGUAUAUUACAACUAUGAUAAAUAAAUAUAAAUAAUAUAAA